AUGACUGCGAACCUGACAUAUAACGAGACGACCAACAUCGUAUCACAAGCUUCAACUAAAAAUGUGCCACGAUAUCUCAGUUUCCAAAUCCCAUCGUCGCCGGCUUAUGGCGAGUGUCGCAAACAGUCCCGUCAGCAAGCCGUGGAGGAGCACCUCAGCCCGGUGCUGAAAUCUAAAUCAAAGCCGAGGUACAUUGGAGAGGAUCAUGAAUGUUUCAAACUCGACAGUGUCGUCGCCUUCCGUGAGGAGUACGGAAUCAAGCUCGACGGCAACCCUUGGAAAAACUUCAAACGACUAUUAUGCGGUUACCGAGACCUACCUUUCAUAGUACUGCAGAAUCCGACCAGAAAGCACGUGUCUGACUACGAGGAAAUGAAGACGUGUCCCACAUUACAGUGGAUAAUCGAAGUGCUGGGUGAGAUAGGAUUGACGCUUGAAGAUGUAGUCAUACUCGAUAUUUGCAGCCUUCUGAGCGACGGUGACCUCGAUCGAAUGGGCAGGAACUCCCAGCGCACCUGGGAUGCCGUCGAAAAGUCUUAUGCGAUGGUCGAAGACAUCCUUGAACGUCUCAACCCAAGUGUAAUAAUCUCUUGUCAGUGCGUCACUUUGGGCAAGCGGGAGCGGAAAGGUGUAAAUCAGCGCCUUGAGACGACAUGGCCACCCGCGGUCAACAGCCUCGCGAGAAACCUCUGUUCUGCAGAGAGGGACACGAAGCGGGGGGCUACCAAGAAGAUCCAGAUUGGUUCAAACAGCACCUUGUGCGUGUCUGGCGUCCAUCCCCGCCGCUGCAAGUUCCAAAAGUCCAUGGUACCCGAGCUUAGAGGCGUGUUCAAGGAUGUGUUCGUCCCGUGCAUGGCUUGGUUUGGUAACGACAAGUUGGAACGUGUGGUCCCCAUAACGAAUGGAGCGAGGCGUCUGGGACCUGGUGCUGCGGUGAUCAGGACGAAAGCACGGAGUCCGAGUCCCAAGAGGUCUAUCGAGGUAAAUGUGAAAGAAGUUGACAAGGAUGUUGGAGAGCUGGGUGAGAGGCUUUCAACGCUUAAGCUUUCUCGCUCUGAUCGUAUUUCGGCUGAGAUAUUAGACGUUUACGGCAUGUUCAGAUUCAGCGACUCGGAAUUGUCGCAUGAUGUAUCUUGUCAAGGCCUGACAGCUUUCCUUCGCGACAGCGACAAUGAGAAGCAUGUAAAAUACCCCCCUUUUGAUUGA